AUGGAGAAACUAGUCCUCGCGCUGAUUCAUGCUUCAAGACGGCUGCGCAGGUACUUCGCCAACCACGUCAUCCAUGUGCUAACAAAUUACAACAUUGGCAACAUCCUCGCAAGGCCAGAAAUAUCAGGAAGACUAGCCAAAUGGGCGAUAGAACUGGGAGGUCACAGCGUGGUUUUCAGACCACGACCAUCAAUCAAAGGCCAAGUCUUGGCAGACUUUAUGACGGAAGUUCCAGAUGACAAAGAUCGAGAAUGUAAAGCAAUGGAAAAAGCUGAGAAAAAGCAAGUAGAAGAGCCAUGGUUGUUAUACACAGACGGCGCGUCUAACGAAGACGGAGUAGGUGCAGGGCUUAGGCUGGUAAGCCCCGACAAACAUGAAUUCACAUAUGCCAUACGCCUGGAUUUUAAAAGCACGAACAAUGAAGCCGAGUAUGAAGCUUUCCUGGCUGGCUUACGGUUGGCGAUCAAAAUGGGGGUCCGACACAUCGAAGCGCAUGUGGACUCCAUGCUAGUAGCGGGGCAAAUCAACGGCCAAUACGAAGCCAAGGGAGAUGUAAUGGCACUCUAUCUCAGCCAAGCAAAAACGUUGCUACAAACCUUCUACUCCUACAAGGUGCACCACAUAAACAAAAGCGAGAACAAGCCAGCAGACACGCUGAGUAAACUCGCAUCAACAAGUUUUCAACACCUAGCAAAGGAUGUGCGCAUAGAAGUAUUGAGCAACCCAUCUGUUCCACUCAGAGAAGUAAGCGUCAUCCAGACAGGGACAACUUCUUGGGUGACCCCAAUAAUCAUGUACCUUCAAUCUGGGAUUCUCCCGGAAAACAAAGUAGAAGCAAGAAAAAUCCAAUACAAGGCCGAGCACAAUCAGAUGGCCGAUGGAAUUUUAGACAGGAGGUCAUACCUAGGCCCGUUGCUAAGAUGCGUAGACUCCGAAGAUGCAAACUACUUAAUCCGGGAAGUUCAUGAAGGAAUUUGUGGUAUUCAUGCCGGGCCUCGAAUGGUGGUGGCAAAAGUGAUGAACGCCUGGUACUACUGGCCCGGGAUGCAUUUAGACGCUGUAAAAGAGUUGCGGAAGUGCAGUGGAUGCCAGAGACAUGCGCCUAAGACCAUGCGCCCCAAAAAUGAACUAGUACCAGUCACAACCGCAUGGCCCUUUCAACAAUUGGGCAUAGACAUGGUAGGUCCUUUCCCGGAAGCACCAGGGGCGGUCAAAUUCAUAAUAGUCGCAGUCGACUAUUUCACCAAGUGGGUAGAGGCGAAAGCACUUGCAUCAACCACAUCAACAGUCGUCAAGCGAUUCAUAUGGGAACAAAUCAUAUGCCGUUUUGGCCUACCUCUCAGAAUCAUCACCGAUAACGGAACUAACUUCGCAGCAGACGACCUCGAACGAUGGUUCAAAGAACUACACAUCGAACACACCUUCUCUUCGGUUGCGCACCCGUAA